AUGCCUCUUCGUGGUCAUAAGUUGUCUGUUGCUCAAAUCGGAUUGGUCGUUGCUCCCAGCUUCGUCCUCUUCGGCUACAACCAAGCUGGUGUUGGAGGACUUCUGUCUCUACCCAAUUGGACCAAAACCUUCCCUGAGAUUGACACUACCACUACGAAAGGCGCCGUCAAAGCCCACAAUGCGACAAUUCAGGGGACCGUGGUCGCAACCUUCGUACUGGGAGCUCUCGUUGGAUCUCUGGCAUGUAUGAAGAUUGGCAACAUUCUCGGACGCCGCAAGAACAUUUUCCUGGCUGCCACGCUCACUCUGAUUGGUGAGGCGCUGUGCACUUCUUCAUUUGGACUUCCGCAAUUUAUCGUCGGUCGCACAAUUAUCGGACUCGGUAUUGGCAUCCUUUCAGCAACAGUUCCAGUAUGGCAAGCAGAGUGCAGUUCCGCUGCAAACCGCGGAAAGCAUGUUGUGCUUGAUGGACUAUUUAUGACAUUGGGAUUCACCCUUGAAUCAUGGAUCAAUCUCGGUGCAUCGCAAAUCAAAUCAGGACCAAACAUUUCGGCUUCAUGGAGAAUGCCGCUUGGCAUUCCACUAGCCCUCUCGCUUGUGUUGAUGGGAACCAUUUUCACCAUGCCCGAAUCCCCACGAUGGCUCAUCAGCAUGAACCGUGUCGAAGAAGCACGCACGAUUCUUGCUAACCUCAAGGACACCUCCGAGGCUGAUCCUAUGGUCACUGCUGAAAUUGAAGGCAUCCAGUAUUCACUGGAGGAGUCAACCGUCAAGAAAGCAAGCAUUAAAGAUAUGUUCACCAUGGGUCCUGAGAAACUUUUCUAUCGUUUCUGUCUCUGCAUCCUUCUCCAAUUCUAUCAGCAAAUGUCUGGAUCGAAUCUCAUCUCUGUCUAUGCUCCCGUAAUAUUCCAACAGAACCUUGGUCUUGAUGGUCAGACCUCGAGAAUUUUGUCUGGUGGAACUUUGACGUGGAAGUUCUUGUCGAGUUUCGUCGCUUUCUUCACAAUUGAUCGGUUCGGGCGACGUGCUCUGUUCAUGUUCAGUGGUGUUGGAAUGGGAAGCUGUAUGUUGGCUUUGGCCGUUGCCACUUCCUUCCCCAAGUCAAACACUUCGGCUGGAAUUGCCAGUGUCUUCUUCGUCUUCGCUUUCAACUUCUUCGUCCCAAUUGGUUUCCUCGGUGCCAAUUUCCUGUACUGCGCUGAAGUCGCUCCCGUCAAGCUCCGUGUCAGCAUGGCCGCUAUCUCAACAGCUAACCACUGGCUCUGGAACUUCGUCGUCGUAAUGGCCACCCCAGUAGCAAUCGCCUCUAUCGGCAACUAUUACUUCAUCCUCUUCUGCGUCAUCAGUUUCUGUAUCCCGCUCUCCGUCUACUUCUUCUACCCCGAAACCAUGGGCCAGAGUCUCGAGCAGAUCGAUGCCGUCUUCCGCGAUAACAACACGCCGCUUGCUAUCGUGCGUGCUAGUAAGUUGUUGUCGAAGGGUGAUGUGGGUGCCAUCUAUAGGAAGAAGCAGGAGGAGAAGAUGGUGGAGAAUGUUGUUGCUGGUGAGAGCGACAAGGAGAUUGUUUAA